AAGCUAGCAGUUGCAGUAUGGUGUUACGGUUUAACGAGUGGCCGUGCAAACUGGAGACUGCUGGUCGAAUGCUUCGAUGGUUGUGGUUACAACAGACGUCAAAGAGACGGAAACAGCACCGAUCAUGCUUAUGUGUUAAUUUCUUUUUCAAAACACAUCUAGCGAGUAUAUUAUUAAAUAUACACCGUAUAAUAACUGAUGUAGAAGCUAGACGAUACUUGACUAUUCUAGUUAAUACUAGUUGCUAUUUUUAUAAUUAGUGAAUCUGAAAUAAUAAAGAGUUCAGAAGACACAGCGACCUGUGCAUUAAACGUGUAGUCACCAGAUAACACGGUCACCGCUUUAGCCGUAACAGCGGCUAGCAUGCUAAGUACACGGCUAUUUUACAAUAGCAUUCGAAUGCUAGUAGGGUUAGCUAGCAAGCUAAUAUACCACCUAAGUUGUAAACAAAGGCAAGAGUGACGUUAGCAACAAACUUAAACAACCCAGAAGUAUAAAGGGCGAAUUAGAAAAAACCCUUUAAAUAGAAGAGAUGCCUCAGAAACAGAAGUCCAAAUCCUGGUCAGAGCUGAAACAAGCUGGAAAUGAAUGUUUCAAGACAGGCCAGUAUGGGGAGGCCACCAAUCUCUACAGCCAGGCUAUCAAAGAGCUGGAAAAAUCCAGCAAAAAGAACCCAGAGGAUUUGGGCAUUUUGUACUCGAACCGUGCAGCAAGCUAUCUGAAAGACGGAAACUGUGGAGAGUGUGUAAAGGACUGCAACUCGUCUCUGGAGUUGUCCCCGUUCAAUGUGAAGUCUCUUCUUCGUCGUGCUGCAGCUCACGAAGCUCUGGAGAGAUACAGGCAGGCGUACGUCGACUACAAGACUGCCCUGCAGAUAGACUGCAACAUUGCUGCCGCUCAUGAUGGCACCAACAGGAUGACAAAGGCGCUCACAGAGGCAGAUGGUCUGUCAUGGAGAGAAAAGCUUCCUCCCAUCCCCACAGUUCCUCUGUCAGUGAGAGAGCAACUCGCCCAGAAAACUACAGCCAACGCUACACAGCCGACUCCACCACCACAGCAGAACGGCACCACACAAACAAAGAAACCCGCUCCGAGUGAAAAAGACGUAAAAAAAGGCCAGGCCCUCAAGGACGAAGGGAACACUCUAGUGAAGAAAGGAGAACACAAGAAGGCCAUUGAGAAAUACACUCAGAGCCUCAAACACAACCCAACGGAGGUCACGACCUACACCAACAGGGCGUUGUGUUACCUCACUGUUAAGCAGUACAGAGACGCGGUCAGGGAUUGUGAUGAGGCCCUGAUGAUCGACAGCAGCAACGUGAAAGCGCUCUACAGGAGAGCUCAGGCUCACAAAGAGCUGAAGGAUGUCAAAGCGUGCGUGGACGACCUGAACAACCUCCUGAAAGUGGAACCAAAGAACACCGCCGCCCUGAAGCUGCUGCAGGAAGUGCAGAAAAAGAAGUGACGACUCAUCAGAGACCCUGGAGACGGCGGAGAGGAUCUGUGACCGCGCCACUCUCAAGGAGGAGAUGAAGACGAAUCACUGAGGAAUCUCUGCGGGGCAGUGACACGUUUCCACUGCUGUAAGUCAAAUAAUCCACCCGUGUUUCCACAACGCUCCGACACACAGAUCAAACAUGGGUCAUUAUCAAGAACCUUCUGGAAAAAACACAGCUUUGAAUGGUAAAAUCUGCAGAGGAUGAGCCGCCAUGUUCAGCUUUGAGAAUCUUUGUAUUUCACCUGUUUUAUUUUAAGUCACUGAGUAUUUAUUGGUAUUUAUAAAUGCUGAAAUUGACAGAGAAUGAGCCUUUACAAUCACCACAGGAAGCCCAGCAGUUAAUCAGUCAUACUUGUAGGCCCCUAGUGAACACAACAUUAAAUUUAUCAGAUAUUUUCAGCUUAGUUUGUCCUUUAGAACCAUUUGACCAAUGAUAAUUUUUUUGACAUGCAUAAAACAUGGCCAAGACUGCAAAUCGAUCCCAUGUGUUGAGGUCUGUAGCUUUCUCUACUAACUGAGCUAAACUGCACCCCAAAAAAAUGUUUUCCUUCCUUAUUUUUACAUUUUUAAUGCUUGUAGUGCCUAAUUUCUCUUGUUUCUGGUGCAUGUUUUCUGAGAGCGUCUGACCUUGUUUUAGAUUUCUUCUGCUUCGACCACACCGAGUCGCCAUCCAAUCCCUUUUGUUUUAAAGGUCACAUGUUAUGCAAAAUACGCCUUUUCUGGCUUUCCUAGCAAAAAUAUGUGCCCCUGGUUUGUCCAUAAUCCCCCCCAAGAAUCUAAAAAAUGAAUUCCCCCCUCCCUCUCUUUCUCAACCUUUCAGAGAAUGUGUGCUGAAACAAGCCGUUCUCAGAUUUUCCCCCCAUGAUGUCAUAUGGGGAGUAAGCCCCGCCCCCAGCUUCAGUUGGCCCUGGAAGAAAGUUCUGCCCUCCUCUCAGCUGGCAGCUAAAAGGAGGAUCAGGAGAGCCACACCCAUUAAGUCACAUCUAUUUUCUGGGAGGGACGGAGUCAGAAAGCUCAUUAACAUUUAAAGACACAGAAACAGCUGUUCUGAGUAGGACUAAAACAGAGGGUUUUUAGACCUGCAAAAAUCGAACACUGGAGUGUUUUUUCAGCAGCAAACUUCACAGGCAUGUUUUUGGGACCUUUGAGACCACUAUAAACUUGUCUUCAAGGGGUUAAAUAUGUGACCUUUAAAGUCUUUGUGUUCAUAUCCAGGAUGUCUGAUACUGAGAUUGUCAAGAGGUAUUUGUUUAUUAAGGACUGGUAUACUGCUGAGCCAGCAGCAAGAACAUAAAAGCAGCCAUACAAGAUGUAGGUAAGCAUAAACAAGUGAAGUAUUAAUUAUUUUCACCCAUUUAGAUCUCCUAAAUGGCUCCCUAAAAACAAACGAACACCCAAGUGUGGAUAGCUUGAUGUUUUCUGAAAAACUGCAUAGAAUUUCUGCAUUUACUAAAAUCUUUAUUUCCCAGCCUCAGUAGCAGAUAGAGACAAGAGAUGAAAACCCACUGGAAGCUCAAACCACAGGGUUUAACAUGGAAUUAUUACCUGUGUCCUUAAGUUUAUUUACACUUUUAAAACAAGACCAAAAAACUUAAGGAUGAUUAAAUUUCUCAGCUUGAUAAGCAGAUAAGCAUUUAAACAUUUUGAAAAAAUAAAACCUUGGAUUUGACUUCAAAUCUUAAAGUUCAUGCUCAGGUUCUCAUCUGUAACUGAUUAACUAAAAAAACAAAAAACAAAAACAAAAAAACCUUUUCACCCUUUGGUGAUCCAUGUGGAGGCUAAAGAAGCGAAAACCAGAACUUUUUUAACUUAAGGAUGCCUUUUCACACUGUCAGCUUGUUUGAAAAACCAGUGGACAAUAAAAAAAAUAUCAUAUAAGUGCUGAAAAAGUCCUUAAACUGAAGGCUGGAGGAUUUCACUUGUCAGAUUAAAAAAUGUGAACUGCCUUCUUGUUUCCUGCUUGAUUUUGGUGAUUGUAAAGGUUCAUUCUGUUUGAAAUGAAAGUAAACAGCCAUUUGACCACACAAGUAAACACUCAGGUAGCUCUCCUAUUUAUCCUGUAUUUUUUGUCCUAAAGGUGUGAGCAUGUUUGUCGUCUUUAAAACUUUGGUGAGAGAUUGUCAUUUUUGAGCACUGAAAGUUUUGUUUGUUUCUGACUUUAAGUUUCAGAGCAGCAGUUUGUAUUUGUAAAGGAGUGAUCUUACACACAGUACUGCCUCAUUUGAUCUUAUCUUUUUCCUUUUCUGUAUCAUUUUUGUGAAAUAAGGAGAAUCUUUUCAUUCUUAACCUGAUGUAGUGAGUGACCUCUGUCCUGCCUAAGUGCCUGUCGACAUCGUCCAGCUGCAGCUCUGGACUUGUCUCUGCUCAAUAGCUUCGAUGAAAAGUUCACUUCCUGGUUUCUAACAAACCAAACUGCUUCUAGAGCUCUGUGCUUCACUCAAGGAGUCAAAGCUACAUUUUAUCACUAUCACAAGGUUGCGCCAAGAAUCUUAUUCUUUGUUUUAUCAUGUCUUUUUGUUAACCUGCUUCUGUUUUAACUGAAAAUAAACUUCAAAAAAUAA